AUGUCAAGUAUGAGGUCUCAUAAACUUGUUUUAUUUUUUGCAAUAUCUUGUCUUCUUCUUCAUGAGAAAUGCACCGAUGCUAGCGUCUGCAAAGAGAGUGAGAGAAAAGCGCUACUUGAAUUUCAGCACAGCCUUCAAGCUACCGGUGUUUCAGGCAUCGACGCCCUUUUUUGGAAAAGUGAGGAGUGCUGUCAAUGGCUUGGCGUCUAUUGCAGCAGCUUUACAGGAUACAUUGAAAUGCUCGAUUUUAGCCACCAACUUCGGGUUGUAGCAGGUACAAUUAGCCCUUCACUGCUUAAACUACAUCAUUUGACUGCUUUAAAUUUCAGCAGUAAUGAUUUUAAUGGAAGUCUCAUCCCAGAGUUUUUUGGUUCUUUGAAAAAAUUGAAAUUACUGGAUCUCUCUAAUGCUAAUUUUAGAGGUCCAAUUCCUUCUCAACUUGGAAAUCUUUCAAUGUUGGAGACUCUUAGCUUGGGUGGCAACGGUAGAGUUUUCAAUGUUGGAAAACUUGAGUGGCUUUCCCAUCUUUCUCGUUUGAAAGAGGUUGAUCUCGGUUUCACUAACCUGAGCAAUGCCAAUGAUUGGUCUCAAGUCAUUAGCCACCUUCCUUUGCUCCAAAAACUAAAUCUGAGAGAUUGUGAUCUUCCAAGCAUAUCUUCUUCAUCACUUUCCCUUGCCAACUCUUCUACAUCUCUCACCUAUCUCGAUCUCUCUGAUAAUAAUCUCCCUUCUUCUGCCAUAUAUCCAUGGCUGUUUAAUGUUAGCAGCAACCUUGUUUCCCUUAAUCUCUCAAGUAACAAGUUGAAAGGUCCAAUUCCAGAAGCUUUUGGGAACAUGAAGGCUAUUCAAGAACUUUAUCUGAAUGAUAAUCUUUUGGUACUAGCUGAGAAUCAAGUUAGGGGCGAUUCUGGGUUGAAUGCAAUCGGAAAACUACCAGAUUUUAGGGUUCUAGAUCUUGGGUACAACCUUUUAAAUGGAUCCAUAAGCAAAAGCAUUGGACAACUUUCCAACCUGCAUGUCUUGCGGCUUGCAGGGAAUUCUUUUGGUGGUGAUGUGAUUUCCGAAGGUCAUCUCUCAAAUUUCACCAAUUUACAGGUCUUGGAUUCAUCGUACACUUCUUUAACUUUAAAAUUCAACACCGGAUGGAUUCCUCCUUUUCAAUUGAGUCAAAUAAAUCUUUGCUCUUGCAAGUUAGGGCCUGGUUUCCCAGAUUGGCUUCGGACUCAAAUGGAAGUCCUAAACCCUGACGUUGAAAUUUCUUCCAUAGAAUACCUUGAUAUUUCUGCUUCAGGAAUUUCGGAUUCUCUUCCCUACUGGUUUUGGGACAAAUUUCAGGGAUUAUCGUACAUAAACAUGUCUUUCAAUCAGAUCAGUGGUACUUUUCCAACUCACUCUAUCGACAUAAGCCAUCUAGAUCUAAGCUCUAAUAAUUUCUCUGGACCAUUGCCACAUUUUUCUUUAUACGAUGGUUUAAUCGGGAGCAUUAACCUUUCCAAAAACAAGUUUACUGGUUCAGUCUCUCCAAUUUGCAAUUUUACUGGUGCAGUUUCUUUGACAUUGUUUGAUCUCUCAAAUAAUCUAUUUUCUGGAGUGGUUCCAGACUGUUUUGGAAGUUUCCCGUUUUUACAAGCUUUGAAUUUGGGUGAUAAUAGUUUCUCAGGCUCACUUCCAAGCUCCUUAGGAUCUCUGGUUUCUCUUGAAAUGCUAAGUUUACGUGGUAAUAAAUUCUCUGGAGUAUUACCUUCAUCUUUACAGAAUUGUGCCGAGUUAAAAUUUCUCGACUUGAGUGAUAAUGAAUUAUCAGGAGAAAUACCUAUGUGGAUCGGUCAGAAGCUUUCAUCGUUGGUUUUUCUUAGCCUUCAAGGGAACCAGUUCAGCGGAAGGAUUCCCCAUCAACUUUGUGGAUUGAAAUAUCUACAAAUCUUGGACCUCUCUGUAAAUAAAAUCUCUGGUACCAUACCACCAUGCCUCAAUAAUUUCACUUCCAUGGUAAAAAAAGUGAGUUUAGAUAGAAGGAUUGAGCUUCACCUGUUAGAUAAACCGUAUGUGGAAUCGUUGAUUGAUGUUAGGUAUGUUGAUGAGGCAUUGAUUACAUGGAAGGGAAAAAAGCAAAACUAUCCACAACUUGGACUGCUACUAGCCAUUGAUCUCUCGUGUAAUAAAUUAAGAGGAGAGAUUCCUGAAGAAUUAAUUAGUCUUCAAGAACUGGUUGCAUUGAACCUGUCAAGAAAUUUUUUUACAGGAAACAUUCUUCAAAAGAUUGGGCAUCUAAGACAACUAGAGGUGCUUGACCUGUCAAGAAACAAGUUUUCAGGAAACAUCCCAACGAGCUUGUCUGAAUUAACAUUUCUAAGUAUCUUGGACUUGUCUUACAAUGAGUUGUCAGGAAAAAUUCCAACCAGCACUCAACUACAGAGCUUUGAUCCUUCAUCAUUUUCCCAUAAUAGAGGACUUUGUGGUCCUCCUGUUUCACCGAAUUGCUCAAUGGUGGAACCACCUCCUGGCAAACCUGCAGUAGGAGGUGAAGAAGAUUCUGAUGAUCAGUUCAUGAAAUGGUUUUACAUUAUCAUGGGACUUGGAUUUGUUGUGGGUUUCUGGGGGUUUUGCGGUGUUGUGUUCUUCAAACGUUCAUGGAGGCAUUCAUAUUAUCGCUACUUGGAUAGUGCAAAGGAUUGGGUUUAUGUUUCAUUUGUUUUGCUGGAAACAAGGUUAGUGAGGAGAAUCAAAGGUGUUUCAACAAGGUCAGGUCUGAUUAGAACUGCAACUGAAGGUGAUAUUUCCUGCACCUGA